CUCACCGGAAGUACCUACAGAACGUGGCCAGGGGGUCUCGAGCACCGCCAGUAGGUUUGCUCCUCUGCCAUCUUCUCACCAGCUCCAGGAACAAAACCGAAAAGAAGCCAAACAAGGAAGCAACAAGGCUUGAAGAAAAGCAGAAGUGGGAGCCUGCAGGCCUGACCCCUCCUGGAAGGGGACUGAGACCUCAGGACCGGCUGGCCUGGAGCUGUUGCAGGCGACGUCUGUGCUGGAGCGAUGGCCCAGCUGCACCGAGCUACGUGGCUGCCCCCGGCUCUGCUGCUUCUCUGGGUCCCAGGCUGUUUGUCCCUGAGCGGCCCCAGCAGAGUGACAGGCAUCGUGGGGGGAUCCCUGAACGUGGAGUGUCAGUACCGGGAGAAAUUCAUGAGCAACAAAAAAUACUGGUGCAAAUCCUCAUGUUUGUGGAAGACCGUGGAGACCAGAGAGUCAGCGAGAGAAGUGAGGAGGGGCCGCGUGUCCAUCAGAGACCAUCCUGCAAGCCUCACCUUCACAGUGACCUUGGAGAGCCUCAGAGAGGAGGAUGCGGGAAAGUACUGGUGUGGGAUCGAUACAUCAUGGUUUGAAGGAAUUCUUCGAGACCCCACCUUCCAGGUUGAGGUGUCUGUGGUCCCAGCAACAGCAGCAUCACCAACACCAAGGCCAACCCCACCGACUGUCACAGCCAAAGUUUCAACUGUGUCGUUCACCACCCUGGCCACCCACAGUGCCAGCAGCCAGGAGGAAUAUGAGUCCAAGCAGAACUGGAGUGGGCGCUUAUCUACUGAACAAGCGAGGGAAGGCGGGACCCCCUGCCCCACCCAGCCCACCCUGUCUCCUCUCAGGCUCCACGCGCUGCUGAUCUCGUUGGCCCUGCUGCUGAUCCUGCUGGGGGGCUUCUCGCUGCUCGCCUGGAGGAUGGUUCAGAGACGAGUCAAAGCUGGAGAGAAACCAGAGCCGCCUCAGAGCCGCAGUCAGGCUGCCGAGCAGACUGAGCCCAGCUAUGUGAAUCUGGAGCUGCAGACGUGGCCCCUUUCGGGAAAGCCUGUUCAACCCAUGUGGGCAGAGGUGGAAUACAGCACAGUGGGCCCACCCAGCGACGAUCUUCACUACACCUCGAUAGUGUUUGACUCCCGGAGCCAGGAUUCCAAGGCCGACAGGAUUCCCUCCGAGACGCCAGUGUACAGUGUGGUUAAGAACACAUAAGCUCAUGUUUCCAGCCUUACCAACUGGAGGACUCUGCGGGUCACAGGAGGCCCAGGGCUCAGCCUUUACCCGUGAGCCCCCCUCCACCUACUCCUCUUGUGGUGACUGGCAAGGCAGCUGGGCUCCCCAAGGCUGCCCGUCUUGCGCCAUCAGCCAGGCUGGCUUCACUGAGGAUGUCCGGGAAUGCGGUUCUGGAUGGUCCGAUGGGAAACCUCCCAUCCCACUGGCUCUCGAGGUCUCUCUCCUCUCUUCUCUGCUUCAUCCCAGCUCCAGGUGGCUCCAGGGAAAGGCGUGACUCUCCUAGUACGGUACCUACGAAUGGCUUUGUAAACCGCAGCCCCAUGGAAGUGUCUGGGGUUGCUGGGAAGUGGAGAGAACUGGUGAAGAGCCAGGAGAACUCAAAGGCGUUGAAGACUGGUUCCCUCUCUUCUUACGGACGAGGAGACCAAGACCCUGGGAGAGGAGAGGCUUGUCCACAGCUCCAGAACAAGUGGCACACUUCUCUGGACUCUCGGAAUUAUCGUUAAUCCAAGAGAUAUUAAUAACCAUUAAAAGUAUCUUAAGAGAGCAGAAAAAAAUUAUUUAAACUUUGCAGCUGUAUCUCUGCAAUAUUGUAUGAAAAGUCCUUUCUUUUGAAGCCGAAUCAUAUUUCACUGAUGUAUAUAUCACAUCAUGCUCAUCCAUCCAUUCAUCUGUCAAUGGAAUGCUCCUAUAUUUUAGUUCUUGUGAAAAAUCCAAGUUAUGAGCUUGGUGCACAAGUGUCCCUUGGAGACUCUGCUUUCAAUUCCUUUGGGUAUACACCCAGAAGAGGAAUUGCUGAAUCAUGUGAUAACCUAUUUUUAAUCUUUGAGGAACUGCGAUACUCUUAUCGGCAGGAGCUGUACCACAUUACGUUCCCAUCAUGGGUCUCCCACUUCCUCACAUGCUUUCCAGCACUUUUUUUUCUUUUAAAUAGUAGCGAACCUAGUGCAUGUGAGGUGGUAUCUCACUGCAAUUUUGAUUCGAAUUUCCCCAGUGAUUAGUGCGGAGAAGGCAAUGGCACCCCACUCCAGUACUCUUGCCUGGACAAUCCCAUGGACGGAG